AUGAAUAUUCCGGAUAGAAGGAUAGGAAGAGAAAAUCAUGAAAUUGAUGAUGAUCCAAAACAGACGUUAUUAAGGGAGACAGAACAGUUAAGGCGAAGUGCUUUUAUUAGUGUAAUGAUUGGAACAGCAGCAGUUUUAACAGCUGUAAUAGCAGUGCCUAUGCUUUAUAAUUAUAUGCAGUAUGUUCAGUCUUCAUUGCAAGAAGAACUUGCCUUUUGUCAUCAUCGCACUGAAGGCUUAUGGGAGGAAUAUGUUAAAGUUCAACAUAUAACUGGAACACCUGCUCGUAUUAAACGUCAAGGCGGUUAUCAUGUUGCUCCACCACAGUAUUCAAGUGGAGUAAGUAAGGGUUAUUCGACUGGACCAUCUAGUGGUUAUGCAAGGAGCGGUGGUGGUGGUGGUGGGGGAUAUUCUAGUGGAGGAGGUCAUGGUGGUGGAGGAGGUGGAGGCUAUUCUCGAGGAGGAGGAGGUGGUGGUGGUGGUGGAGGAUAUGCACAGAAAUCCGGCGGAGGAUAUUCUUCUGGUGGUAGUGGAGGUGGCGGUGGCGGAGGAUAUGCACAAAAAAAUACUGGUGUUAGUUAUCGAACACAAACUGCAACUGUAACAAGGCAGCAAUGUGCUUGUACAACUGGUCCACCAGGCCCUCCUGGACAACCAGGAGGUAAUGGGUCGCCAGGACAAGACGGAACGGCUGGCGAAAAUGGGUCUCCCGGAGAAGAUGGAGUUGCACCUCCAGCACCGAAAACGAGCAGUUGUCAGACAUGCCCGCCUGGACCACCCGGACCACCAGGUCCUCCCGGCACAAAAGGGCCAUCAGGCAAUAGAGGAACAGAUGGAUCAUCACCUGAUAGUGGAUAUGGUGGUGCAGCUCAACCGGGUCCACCAGGACCUCCAGGUCCCCCAGGUCCUCCAGGAGGAAAUGGACAAGCUGGUCCUCCAGGCCCACCCGGACAGAUCCAAGAGAGCAAUCUUCCCGGACCUCCUGGUCCUCCAGGACCGGUGGGACCACCAGGCUCUGCUGGUCAGCCAGGACAAGCUGUAAGUUUUAUUAUACUUGCAUUAAAUCUAACAAAAUACUAUAACAAACAGUCAAAUCCUCAAUCUGGACCACCCGGUCCCCCCGGAGAUGCUGGACCGCCAGGACCACCAGGAAACCCUGGAGCCCCUGGCCCGAAAGGCAAUGAUGGACCUUCUGGCAAGGGAGGCAUUUGUGAUCACUGCCCUCCUCCUCGAACACAGCCAGGCUACUAA